AUGACCUCCUACACCAAAAUUGGCGACGACGAGCGCCCUUCCAUCUCGAUCGACCCCAGUCUGACCAUUGCCAAGAUCGAAGACAAUGUCUACGGUGGCUUCACAGAGCACAUGGGCAGGUGCAUCUACGGCGGCCUCUACGACCCCGGCAACCCCCUCUCGGACGAGCACGGCUUCCGCAAGGAUGUCAUUGAGGCCAUGAAGGAGCUCCGUGUCCCGGUUGUUCGCUAUCCCGGCGGCAACUUCUGUGCGACGUACCACUGGAUCGACGGUGUUGGUCCCCGGGAGAAUCGCCCUGGCAGGCCUGAACUUGCCUGGAUUGGCACGGAGUCGAAUGCCAUUGGCACAGAUGAAUUCCUCAAGUGGUGUGAAAUCGUCGGCACCGAGCCUUAUCUCUGCCUAAAUUUCGGUACCGUCAUAUUUCACGGCCCCCACGAGGCUUCUGAUGCUGGGAGAGCAUGUGUUGACAAGCAGAUGUGUGUGGUAGCCCUCGGCUGGCUCGAGUACUGCAACUCGGAUCGAAAUAGCUACUAUGCCAACCUCCGUCGUAAGAACGGCAGAGAGAAGCCCUACAAGGCAAGUUCACCCAUCUUCUUUACCUACAUACUCGUGCCACAUUGCAAUGUUAUACUAACAUCAACAACCUCUCAGGUCAAGUACUGGGCUCUCGGCAACGAAGUCUGGGGCCCGUGGCAGGUCGAGCAGAUGACCAAGGAGGACUACGCAAAGAAGGCCUACCAGUGGGCCAAGGCCCUCAAGCUGCUCGACCCCUCCAUCGAGCUCAUCCUCUGCGGGGAGACGGGCUACAGCACUUGGGACGCCUACGUGCUCAAGGAGUGCGUGCGGUUCGACCUGCACGGGCUGGGUGGGAGCACGACGGCGAGCCUGAUUGACAUGCACAGCAUUCACAUCUACACCGCCAGCUCCGAGCAUCUGAAGAAUGUCACAGCUCCGAGGUCCGCGGAACGAGCUAUCCAGAUCAGUGCCAGCCUGAUUGACCUGGCUCGUAUUGAGAAUAACGUGCCGCCCACCGUUCGCAAGCAGAAGAUUUGCUUCGAUGAGUGGAAUGUUUGGGAUCCAGUCCGUGCUCCGGGUGAGGAGGGAGCUGAAGAGAAGUAUAACCUUUCUGACGCCUUGGCCGUGGCUGUCUGGCUCAAUGUCUUCAUCCGCCAGGCCGAGUACGUGGGCAUGGCCAACAUCGCACAGUCUGUCAAUGUCAUCUCCCCCCUCAUGACCACGCCCGAGGGUCUAGUCAAGCAGACGACGUGGUGGCCGCUUCUCCUCUACAGCAAGUAUAUGCGCGGCUCUUCCGUGGCGGUUGGCCUGCGCGCUGGCGAGUACACGGGCGACACGCACCCAGCCUGGCUCCGAAGCGCCGUCAACACGCCCUGGCUGGAUGUGAGUGCGGCGCUUAGCGACGAUGGGUGGAUCAACCUGGCGGUGGUCAACAUCCACGAGGAGAAGGACUUUGAGACAGAGAUCCGCGGUGCCGUCUCGCAGGUCGAGGUGCAUAGCGUAAGCGGCAGCGCGCUAGACGUUGUCAACACAGCCGAGAAGCAGGAGGUGGGCAUCACGGAGUCAAAGUGGGAUGGCAAGGGCGCUUUCACUUUCCCGAAGCGCUCUCUGACCAUCCUGCGAUGGAAGGCCCAGAACUAA